CUAUUUUUACUACUAAUGGCAUUUCAAACUGCCAUCGCCAGUUUGAUAACGAUCUGUCAAAAACGUAUGCUUUCAACGGCCGAAUAAUAUGGAUUGCUAUUUAUUAUAUUUGUAAUAAGUUUACCAGAAACCAGAUGUCACAAAUAAACUUUAAAGAAUAUCAAUAUGUUUGAAAUAAAUUUCCUGAAAACAAAACACCCACAUGUUACUACUGGGACCAUAAGAUUAACCAAAAAACGCGGAAUGAUAACGUAAGCGAUCAGAUCUGACUAAACUGGCAAAACAAACAAAAAAAUGCGCGGAUUUUGGAGGAAAAAAGGCUUAAAAGCUAAAAAGAGAGCUACAAAACAAACACAAACACAAAGGAGAAAGAGAAAACCACGUAAACGUAAAAAGAAUUGUUGCACUAGAUGCGUUCUUGGCAUUUGUAAUUGGUUUUGCAGACGAAUAAAAAGGCGUAUCAGAAGGAAGCUCUUUGGACCUCCCAAGAUCAAUCUCGAGGAAUUCGAAACAGCCGAUGUUAAUUUUGAUGCGAUCAAAGAUUAUUUUCCGGAGAAGAAACUUUCAAACCAAAUUAAAAACUUGUCUGUCCUAACAAUUUUUAAGAACCAUAAAAAGCUGUCGAAACUCAACAUUUCUUUGAGUCAUUUAGAUUUAAUAGAAGGCUUAGAAGCUGAAGAUUUGAAAAAGAAGUUUUCAAUAAAGGGAUCGAGAGGAACUUUAUUGGAACAAAUGGUAGAAGAUUAUAAGAAAGGCAAUCUCUCUUCGGCUGGUUUAUCGGAUAAAUCUAAGUUCAAUUUUAAAAAAUUAGAUAAGGAUCGAAUAAACAGUAUGUUGGAUGCAUAUAAAGAACAAAAAAUGAAAAGUAAGAUAUCACUUAAAUUGUUAAAUGUUAACGAAUUGAAAAGAAAGCACUCUCUCAGUACUUCUAAAGAGAAAAUCCUACAGAAAGUGAUUGCAGAUUACAAAAAAGGAAAAAUAUCACAAACUGCGAUGGUCAGCCUACAAAGACUUCGAAGUAAAAAGUUAAGUAAGGAGGAGUUAAAUAAAAUCUUGCAAAAUUACGAGAAAACUCAGAAAAAGAAACGUAUAACACUAUUUCCAGGACUUUCAAAAAUAAGCGAAUUCAAAAGUGCGAUCGGAGAUGCUGUAAAAUUUUCUUUUUGAGACUAUACAAAAUUUGCUAUAAGCGUUUUUAGAUUUUGUUUAUGAGAUACGUAAAUAGGAAAAGGAAUUGAUCUUUAAAGUAAUACUGAUGAUUUACGCUUUAUCGUUAUUUACAUGUCUAGAAUUAUACUUAACUAGUCAAACUCGGUCUGCUUUGCUGGCCGAUAUAUGAUUUGACUUUGAGUCUAUUGCUACCAAACUUCACAAGGUCACUCCAGAGGGUGAUUUUCAAAAAAUCUCUUGAAGAUUUCAUUGGAAUCGGUCCUGUUGUUUCGGAGUAUAGAACAUACAUUUAUCGACAUUUAUAUAUGUAUUGUGUAAAUAUUACUUAUUUUCGUAAAUAUUACUUAUUUAUA